AUGGUAUUUGAGAAUGCUAAAGUAUUUAGAAAGGCAGUAGCUAAUUAUGCUGUUGAAUACCAUGUUCAAUUAAAACUUAAACCAAAUGAGCAGAAGAAAGUGAGGUGUAGGUGUAAGUCCAAGAUUUGUAAUUGGAGGUUGUAUGCUAGUGUUGAUAAAAAAUCAGGGGAUUUUAUGGUGAAAACUUACCAUCCAAUUCACAAGUGCACUCCACUUAACAAGAAUAAGAUGUGCAAUGCUAAGUUCAUAUCCAACAGAUUUAGGGAUAGGAUCACUUCUCAACCUACUAUUAGAAUUUGGGAAAUUCAGGACUUGGUUAGAGACCAGUUAGGGUUGUAUGUUGGUAGAACUAUAUGUCAUAGGGUAAAACAAAUAGUGCUUAAUAAGUUUAUGGGGGAUUGGAGGGAGGAGUUUGCAAGACUUUGUGAUUAUGCAAAACAAAUCAUUUUGAGUAAUCCUGGUAACACUUGCAUAGUGAAAACAGACAGAGAAAGUCAGCCUGGAGUGAAUUUGUUUAAGUAUUUUUAUGUUUGUUUUGAUGCAAUGAAAAAGGGCUGGUUGGAGAGAUGCAGGAAAAUUAUUGGGUUUGAUGGUUGCUUCCUAAAAGGUGCAUGUAAGGGUGAACUUCCGGUGGCUGUUGGAAAAAAUGGGAAUCAGCAGAUGUUUCCCAUUGCUUGGGCUGUCAUUGACAAUGAGUCAAAAGAGUCAUGGACAUGGUUUAUUCAGAACUUAAUCAAUGAUUUGGGGCUGGGAAUUGGAGAUGGAAUUACAGUAAUGUCAGACAUGCAAAAGGGAUUGUUGAGCACACUUCUUAAUCUUUUACCAAAUGCUGAGCAUAGGAAAUGUGCUAGACACAUAUGGGCUAAUUGGCAGAAAUAUUGGAAAGGUGAAGAAAGAAGAAAACAAUUCUGGAGGGUCUCUAAAGCAUCAUUUGAGGUAAAGUUGAGAGAAGAACUUACAAAAUUAGAUAAACUUGGAAAAGACAUCUGUGAAGAUUUAUUGCAAUUUAACAAAGAACACUGGUGUAGAGCCUAUUUUAGGGAACACUCUAAUUGUGAUGUAGUUGAAAACAAUAUGUGUGAGACCUUUAAUUCCUGGAUAUUAGCAGCUAGGCAUAAGUCUAUAAUUACCAUGCUAGAAGAGAUUAGGCAUAAAGUAAUGACUAGGCAUGUUGAAAUGAGACGAUUUGCUGAGACAUGGAUUACUGAUAUUUCACCUAUGGCAAGGGUGAUGUUGGAAGAAAACAAGAAGCUGUCUAACAAAUGUGAAGUGUUGUGGAAUGGGCUAGAAGGGUUUGAGAUCAAGGAAUAUGAAUAUAGGUUUAUUGUACACUUGUGGAACAAAACAUGCACUUGUAGGCUGUGGCAGUUAAGAGGAAUCCCCUGCCAACAUGCAAUAUGUGCAUUCUACCAUCUAGGGGAUGAACCAAAUAAUCAUGUGGAAUAUUGGUAUAGAAAGGAGACAUUUAUGAAGGCAUAUUCAUACUUUCUUAACCCACUGCCCAACAUGAAGAUGUGGCCUAAGACUAAUAACAUGAAGAUUGAACCUCCAGCACCAAAAGUAAUGCCUGGCAGACCAAAGAAAAAAAGAAGAAAGGAUAAAGAUGAACCAAGAAAGAAGUAUGGCAAGCUGUCCAAGAAAGGUGUGCAGAUGACAUGUUCAACAUGUCACCAACUAGGCCAUAACAAAAAGUCUUGUCCAGUAACAAAGGGUGGAAGUGGUAGAGGAAGUGGUGAAUCAAGCUCUGCACAUAAAAGACCUACAGGAAGUGGUGAAUCAAGCUCUGCACAGAAAAGGCCUACAGGAAGUGGUGAAUCAGUUGGGUUGAAAAGGGGUAGAGGAAGUGGUCAAUCAAGUUCUGCACAGAAAAGGCCUAAAAAUGCAGGCCUUGGAUGCUACAUAAGCCCAACAACUGGAAGAACUGUCAUUAAUCCUGGUAGUUCAAGUGAGAGAGUUGUGAGGCAUGGGACUAUGAGGGACACCAGUGCAGUCAAUAUUGAUCUUGGAUUUAAACCUCAUGGUCUGAAGUUCAAAGGUAAAAGUGAUGUCACAACCACACAGCUACAGCAGCAGUCUAGAAACAGGAGAAAUAUAACCACCAACGAGCCUUCUACCCAACCAGAAGCAAAAAAGAAGCUAAUUUGGAAAUCCUGA